AUGAAGCCUUUUUCUGCUCUGGUUUUUGCUCUGUUUGGCGCCGCAUUCGCGGCACCAAAGGCUUAUACGACCGAUAAAAGCAAGCCGUACAAGGACUUGACUGGCCUCGAGUACAGCAAGAACUUGCCCGUCGCCGAGGCUGCUGCCAGCUUUCAGCACCGGGAGGCUUCCAAGCCUGUAAGGGACAACCGCAAUUUGCACUACAAUGCCAACGACAAGAUGCCUAUUGCGGCAAGCGAAUGA